AAGAAUUCCGUGUGUCGCGCAGAAAUCGGCGAAUGUAACAUACCGCUAUAAAAGCAUGCUCGUUUGUCAAGGCUUCAUUUAAGUCUCGGUGGUCUAAGUGGUAAAGCAAUGAAGCAACUCGUGCUGCUGUCAGUCAUUUUUUGCGUUUUGGGCGUUCAGGCAGCGCCGGAUCGCACUUCACGUAUCAUCAAUGGACAAAUAGCUAAUAAUCAGCCGUCUAAUGCGUACAUUCUAUAUACCAGAGCAGACACUUUCGGGUACUUCGGUGGUGGCACAAUCAUUUCAGAUCGCCAUAUUUUGACGGCUGCCUUGAACAUUGUCGGGUUCGUCCGAUGGGACGUUGGAGUGGGAAGCAACAUCUUCACUCAACUCGGAACAGUGACCUCCUAUACAGCCCAGGCCCAUCCGUCGUAUAACUCGGCCAACCGAGCCAACGACAUCGGAGUCAUCACCCUGCCGGUGUCCCUGGUCAUCAGCGCAAACGUAGCUCCGAUCGCACUCCCGCCGUUGAACUCUGCACCUGGAUAUCCAUUCGAAAACGAACAGGGUACAAUCGUGGGCUUUGGAUUCACCGAUUUAGCUGCGACGGUUCGGCCGAGCUACCUGAUGCGUGCCACACAGCGGGUCAUCUCGAACACGCGUUGCCAACAGUAUUACCAAAUUACUGUGCCAAGCCAGUUCUGCGCCGAGGAUGUCGUGGAGCGUUCGAACGUCUGCAACGGAGACUUGGGAGCCGGCUUCAUCAGCAGUAUCAAUGGACAGCAAACGGUUACCGGAAUCGCCUCGCUGAUCACCCAAUCGUGCGGUAACAGUUACCCGGCGGGUUACACCCGUGUUGAAAGCCAUCGGUCUUGGAUCAAUUCAGUAACCGGGAUCUAAGUCAGGGGUACAAUCGGUUCC